UGUUGGAGGUCAUUUGUUUCGCAGUUGUUCUUGGACUCGCUAUAAAACUUCUUCUCCUUAAGUAUGACCACUGGAGAUACUCUCAUUUGCCUGGUCCCCCAAGACAGAGUUUUAUUUACGGAAACUCUGUAGAAAUACGCAGGCGGAUGGCAGCUGAUGGUGCCCUCGGCCCGUUUUGGCUGGAUAUGGUCCGUGAACAUGGCAUCAUUCUACAUGCUUGGAUGGUGAUGACACCCAGAGUCUUUGUGGCUGACCCUCUGGUAAUUAAGGAAAUGGUCACCGACUUCAAAAGAUUCCCGAAAGCCGGGGAGAAUCGGGGAUUUUUAGCCAGGAAAUUUUCUUUUGGUUUACAAAGAAUGGGUACCACGAAUUUCUGUGGAUAUAACAGUAUUUUAACUGACCUUGGGGGACCAAUAUGGAAACGAAAGAAGAAGAUAAUGGAUCCAGCAUUCAGUAUACAGCGCUUGACAAAGCAUUUGCCUAAAUUUUACGACAUCGCAAUCUCUCUGUGUGAUGCUGUAGGAGCAGCUCAACAAUCAUCCCCGGAAACUCCAGUUGAUGUAACGGGGAUAAUGAGUCCGUUCACUGUAGAUGCUAUCAGCAAGGCUGGUUUCAGUGCCACUGAGAACCAAGUUAUAGAGUUACGUCAAUCUAACGAGGAUCUUAAAGGGGGAUUCACAAAAAUUGUGUCUAAAGGAGGAAACGUUUUUGCUUUGAUGUGCGAUGCUGAAGCAAGAAAAUGUUUAUCCACAAAUUCUGAUAAUAUCAGAAGGAUAAGAAGACUUGCUAGACAGCUGAUCAUGGACAGAACCUCCAACGGACAGUUUGGUGUUGCUGAAGACAUUCUUGACAGCAUAAUUAAUGCUAAUAUAGAUGAAGCAAGUGGAGGAUUAGAUAUGGAAGAUAGUCUGGAUGACUUUAUGGCGAUGUAUGCAGCUGGAAAUGCCACCACAAGUACAACUUUGUUAUGGUGUUUGGGAGAAUUAGUCAGAAAUCCGGCUGUUAUGGACAAACUGGUUGAUGAGAUAGAUGAAGUAUGGAUAGGAAGUAAUGUGGACAGUACCACUAAUCCCAGUGUUAUAGGAGAUACUCUCAAGCAGAUGACAUAUCUGGAGGCAUUUGUUAAAGAAGUGUUGAGAUAUCACCCUCCAGUACAGUUCAUCCUGCGCAAGACUGGCCAACAAGUUAAACUUUGUGGCUACAAUCUUCCUGCUGGAACCACCCUAUUGAGCAGCCAAUACGUACUGCAUCACUUUGAGCAAUAUUGGUCUGAUCCCGACAAGUUUGAACCAGAACGGUUCCUGACAACAUCUCCAAAACCCUACACCUACAUUCCCUUCUUUUUAGGACCCCGAAAAUGUAUCGGGAAGAACUUUGCUAUUCUGGAGUUAAAGUGUAUCUUGUGUGAACUCCUGAGUAGAUUUGAAGUUGAGAAGGAUCCGGAUACUCCCUUGAAGCAGCGAUCACGUCAGGGCUUUCUCUGCUACCCUAUUGAUAACUUUUACAUUAUUAAACCACGAUUUUGAGAUUGCCCCAAGUGUGUCCGGGAAUUUCAAUUUUGUGCCCCCACUCCCAAGUUUGCAAUAACUGCGCCUAGCUAGAUUACCAAUUUCCCAUUUUCUCCCUUAGUGCUUACUGCAGUAGUAUAAUUAGCCUGUAGCAUAAUUAGUUGAUAGACCUAUUUAUCGCAAUAUUUUACUUUUCAAUUGUCACAAUAUAAUAUGUUAAUUGUAAUGAUAGACCCCAGAAAGUAGGUUUCUACAGUACCCCGAUCUAAAAUGUCCGCUCAUUCAGCUUGCUCGAGUGUGAGUGUGGUAUGUGGUCCGGUGUAAACAUUGGAAGGAUGUAAAUCAGUAACUCUAACAAAGUUUCAACACCAUUACAAAACAACUUCCUGAUCUUCAGAACUUAACUUCAUUACUAUCAAAUAAUUGUGAUAUUGUAUCCAAUAAAUCAUAAGUUUUGAGCGG